UGAACACAUGCUCAUUUGCUGUCGUGUUUGUGUUCUUCCUCUCUGAAAGCUCGACUGAUGAUCCUGUACCCAUUUUCCAAGCACAACCUCCAGUGGUGGUUUUCACUGACUACAGCGUUGGGAAUGUCUAUGAGACUACGCUGGAACUGAAGAACCUGACUUCGUCAAGCCGCCACGUGCACGUCAUUCCUCCCACCACUCCUUACUUCUCCAUCGGACUGGGAAGAUUCCCCGGUGAGGGUGGCAUUGUGGCUCCAGGAAUGAGCUGCAAGUACACGCUGCGCUUUGCCCCGGAUUCCCUGGCAGACUACACAGAUUUCUUGGUGGUGGAGACGCAGACGGAGCACCUGUUCGCGGUGCCCAUCGAGGCAGCGAGGCCUCCCCCCGUACUCACACUACCAAGAGUGCUCGACUGCGGUUACUGCCUGAUCGGAGGAGUGAAGUUUGUUGAGUUCCUCUGCCAGAACGUUGGUCUCAGCACUGGGAUGUUUUGCAUCAUUCCCAAGAGCCAGUGGCCAGCUUCAAAUCUAAGGUCGGUGGCCAGAUCGUACUUUUCAGAGCAGCCGCCUUUUGCAGUCAGUCCUUCCAUCUUUAAGCUGCAGCCAGGAGAGGCCAUUGUCGUGGAGGUGGUUUUCUUUCCCAGUACUGCAGAGAAGAGCUGUCAGGUUUUCACUGUAGUUUGCGACAACUGCCAGGUGAAAGACAUUUCCAUCGAAGGUGAGGGCCAGCUGGUUGCCGUUGAGCUGGUGUCUGUCUCUGGGAAGCAGGAGCCACCUGCACUGGGAGAGAUGCACGACCUCACCGCCGAGCACUUUGUCCGUUUUAGUCCGAGCAACCCUCACUCUGCGCAGCAGAAGAAGAUCGUUAUCAGAAACAAUGUCCACUUGGAGCUGCCUUUCUUCUGGCAGGUCAUGAAACCCAAUUUGCACCCUCUGCUUCCAGGGGAAUCCCCCGAAUUGUCCCAUAUCCAGUUCCACCUGGCCACGGACGACGUUUUCCACGUCAGCCCCUCUGCAGGCACGCUGGCUCCCUGUCAGGACCGAGAGUUCCUCUUUACAUUCUGUCCUAAAGACCUGAAGGAAUACCACAGUGUGUGUCAUUUAGUCCUGAGGGACGUGCCUCAGCUGCCACCAGAGCCCAGUGAGAGCAGUGUCCUUCAGCCCGUCCAGACUGGCUCAAAGCUCAGGAAUGUCAUCGUCAUGGAGAUAGAGGUCAAGGGGUCAACAGAGCCGUUCCAGAUCCUGCUGGAGCCGUACGCUGUGGUGAUUCCCGGAGAGGUUUUCAUUUGUACGACCAUUCGAAGGAAGUUUAAGAUGUGGAACCACAGCAGAAACUCCAUCAUGUUUGAGUGGGAGAAGCUGAACAGCAGCAGCCACUUCAUGGAAGUAGAGCCAUCUACUGGCAAAAUAGAGGAGAACGAGUGUUUUGAUUUUGAUCUCAUCGUGACUGGAGAGAAACCAGAGAGCGCUGUGACCAGUUUGGUUUGCCGCAUAGAGCACCAGCACGAACCCGUCACUUUGCCUGUCAAAGUCUCCUUUAAAGGUCCCACAGUGACAGUCAGUGUCCCCAGUGUGGACUUCGGCCUCGUGAGGCUUGGAGAACAGGCUCAGACGACUCUUCUUCUCAGCAACCCGACACAGCUGGAGGCCUUCUGGGAGCUGAAGGAGAGGCUUUAUAGCCCCGACAGCCAUCCAGACUCACAGAUCUCACUGGAGCCGUGUAGAGGUGUGUUGCCCCCCUGCGCCUCUUGCUGUGUGGAUGUUGUCUUCAAGCCGCGACACUGCCUGCAGCUGGAGACAGAGCUGGAGCUGAACGUGGAGAAUGGCACUGGAUGUCACCUGUCGGUGCGAGCGGUUGUGCAGUCUCCACAGGUGUGUCUGCUCAGCAGCGAGCUGGUCUUCUCUGAGCUUUACGCCGGCGUUCCCGCCGAGGGCACCGUGACGCUCUUCAACCAGACCCUGCUGCCGUCACGCUUCAGUUGGAGGACCCAGCUGCAGGGCGAACAAGCCUCGAUGUGCACGGCCUCUUUUGACCCCUGCUCUGCUACUCUGGGGCCGAAUGCCAGCAUGGAGGUCACAGUUCACUUCACUUCUCAAACAGACCUGGAAAUAACUGAUGUGGCUGCACUCUGUGAGGUCCAGGGGAUCAACUCUCCUCUUGUCGUUGCUAUUAUGGCUCCUAAACCUAAAACACUCAGUGUUUCAUACUCUUUACCAAGUUCUGGAUCCCUUCAGGAUAAUCGGAGUCCCUCUCCACUGGUACUUGACUUUGGGGAUGUUAUUUUAAAAAAGGCUGUCACCAAACAGCUACUGUUGACCAACCAAAGCGCCAUCGCCGCUCCCUUUACCAUAUCGGCAGAGUACUUCACCAGCUGCGUCUCAGCACAAACCAACCGGUCAGAGGGAAGAUUCAACUAUGUCAAGAAUCCAAUUCACGCUGUUCAAGCCAAAAAAGUAGAAGAAAAAGCUUAUGAAGAGUUUGUGAGCAGCCUGCUGGCUCAUGGAAAAGGUGCCGUUUUCUUCGUACAGCCGGACACGGGAACGCUCAAACCCUUUGAAACCCAGACUGUGGACGUGACGGCCCACACUGACAUGUGGGGGGAAUACAGAGAUCAGCUCAUCUGCAAAGUGGGGGAACUCGACGCUGUGCUCAUUCCAAUGCAGAUGACAGUCACAGGCUGUCCGCUCUAUUUCCAGAUGACAGGCCGUCAAACAGAUGACCAGCGCCAGGGACCAAUCAUACACUUCGGCACUCACACGUCUGGAGGUGACACCGUGUCUCGGUCUCUGCGAAUCAACAAUCCGACCAUGUUUGAUGUUCGUGUGGACUGGGAGACGUACAACAUCGAGCCGAACGACUGUAAACUGCUGGAUGUCGUGGUGUCGUACGGAGACGCUUUCCCACUCAAGGAUGCCGAUGGCAAUGAAACGCUGAGCGGCGCUUUGGGGCUCUCCGGUGAAAACGUUCAGUCUGGAUGGAAAAAGACUCAUAACUCAGGUUGUGAGGAAACAAGUUCUCCUCUCCAGAGCACAACAGAUCUGGAGGAGGAGGAGGAAUUUAUUUCUGAGGAGGAAGAGGAAGCUUAUCUUUAUCCUUCUUCUGCUGAGAAAAAACUCAUAUCUGUCCACAUCAGGCCUCACAUGGGCACCCUCUCAGAUUACCCAUACUGCAUCACACCACAACAAAUAGUGAUUCCAUCAAAGAGCAGUGGCGUCAUCCAUGUAUCUUUCACCCCUCUGACUCUUUCUGGCUCUGCUUGUGAGACCAGAUGCGCAGGCCUUGCUGUUGGUUUUAUGAGCCUCGACCAUGAGAUGGCUGCUUGCAUCCCAGGCAAAGUUAAAAGGUCUCAGGGUUUAGAUUUAGAGCCUGUCAAGAUGGAUCUACUAGCAGCCGUUAAACCUGCAGCGCUGCUGGUGCAGAUGGAGGAGGACGACGGGGCGCUGGAGUUUCACGCCACGGCCGGUGAUUUACUGAGGGCAGGAGCAGACAAGGAGCUCUUAGUGCAGGAAUUUGACACCGUGCGGAGCUUUCGGCUCCAGAACUCCUCAGAGAUGCCUCUUCACUUCCGACUGGGGACUCAGUCUCCGUUUUCAGUGCUCAAGCUGCAGCCACGAGCCAGGACCAGCACCUCUAGCAACCCUCCGACUGGCGAUAAGCAGUCCCUGGUGCUCCAGCCUCAACACAGCAUGCGGGUGAGAGUGGCCUUCCACUGUUCCCUGCCUCUCCUGGACCACGGGGACCAGACAGAUGAGCAAAUGCCUCCUGGUGUCACGCUUACCCACAGUGCCAGUGGGCACAAGAGGCUGAAGUUUCAACAAAACCUCCUGAUCCACUACAGCAACAACACCAUUCAGUCAGUGCCUCUCUGUGCCUUGCUGGAUCUAUCGACGCUGCAUUUGUCCUGUGAAAAAAUCAACUUUGAGGUCUGCUGUGUGGGACAGACCCGAACCAGACAAGUGAAUCUCUGCUGCUCUGGGGCUCACACCUACUGGACGUCAGAGUUUCGUGGAGAGGAUUCCACUGCGUUCAGAAUGAGUCCAGACUUCGGGCUGCUCAGGUCCAAAGAGCUUCAUGUCAGCCAAAAUCUUCAGAUCAGCUUCACUCCCAGUGAGGACAGAGAGUUCAGGGCCUCGGUUGUUAUCCAGUCUCCUCUGGUGAAGACCCCCCUGACGCUGCAGCUCACAGGAACAGGAUCGUUUGAUCAAGUGUACAGGACUGAAUUUAUGCCUUCAUAACAUCACGAAAGCAAUCACAUUUGUUUUUUUUUUUAUUGCAAUAAAUGCAAAGAAGAACUUG